UUUCAGCUACUAGAGUGAGAAAAAGACGGUUAAAUCGUCAUUCACAUAUCAAAUUAGCAACAAACCUAUUUGUUGCAAAUUCGUGCAUUAGCAGCAUAAAAUAUUUGCCGCUAACAUUUGUCGCUAAAAUGAUUUAGCGGCAGCAGUAUUGAUAGCACACAUUUAUGUGCCAUUAUAGGAUUAUCGCAGCACAUAAAUGACUUAUCGUGACAAAUAGACUAAGCCGUUAAUUGUCAUUUUUCUUGUAGUGUUUUAACCAACCCUACUUUUCACUAUUCACCUUAACCCGUGGAUCACACAUUGGAAGAUCCAAAUUCACGUCAUAGCUUGUGACACAUAAAACUACUGUUGCCUGAUCCUUGGCCUAAGUUUGGAGGAAACAAAGAUGCUCCACCCCUUAUACAUCCAUUCAAAGAUGAUUUGUGAUCUAUAUAAUUCACCAAUUUCUUAACACUCUUCCCCACCAAUUAUAUAGUGCCAAAGAUGUAUUAGAUAACGUAAACUUUCCUAGAUUCACUUGCCACUUAAUUAUGAGCACUUCUACUAUGCUAUAUAGUAUUGGUGCUUUAAUGUACAACUUAAAGUUGUACCAUAACAUUAAAUGUAUAAGUUUAGGUUGUACCAUAAAGCAAUUUGUAUCAUUAUGUUAUGGUACAACUUUACGACUUGAAAUUGUACCAUCACAUAAAGGUACAAGUUCAAGUUGUACCAUAAAAGAAUUUGUACAAAAAGUAUAGGUACAAUCUAAAGUUGUACCAUAACGUAAAUGUACAAUUUUAUGUUGUACCAUAAAGGCAAAAUCCUAUAGCACCAAUACUAUAUAGCAUUGUAAAAUUUCUCAUUAAUUAUACCAUGCUUUACAUGGAAUUAUACUCUUACCCAAAUAUCUGCCAAGAAAUUCCAAGUAAAUUUAAAAUAACAAAUAAUAAAAACCCUUUAAUUGGUAGGAGAGUUGCCCCAAAAAUUGACAACACCUAGUCAGCAAUUGGUGGAUUAGAACCUUUAAAAGCGAUUUUAGCAUAUAUUCUUAUAUUCUUAAAAGUGAUUUGCAAUUAUGUUGAUAAAAUAUAUGCCCUAUGUCCCCUCUUUCCCUUCUUGAUAUGCAAAAAUUCUGAUUCACUCUCUUACGUAGCAUAUAAUUCCUUACUUAGCUUCAACCACAAGCAAUUAACAACAAGUUUGUUUCUUUAUCAUCACCCAUAUAUCCAUUCCUCCCACUCUAAAUUGGGUCAUUAACCAAUUCAUCAAAUGAUCUCUCCAUAACACUAUAAAUCAUACCUUGUCACAUACCCUCCAAAAGGGCCAAAAACCCUAUACUCCAAAAGAAAGGAGCAAUGAAAUACAGCGAGAUAUCCCACUUCAGCCACCCUCAACACAAGCUGAGGUACGAGUUCACCGAGUUCCCCUUCAAGUGCGACGGGUGCAAGGAGGCUGGGAUCGGUUCGAGGUUCCGGUGCUCGACCUGCGACUUCGACCUCCACCAGCACUGCGCCGUACCGUCCCCUUACUCCCUCCACCACCCUUUCUACACCAAGUGCUCCUUCCAGUUCUUCUCCCGCCCUCCGGGGGACAUCCCCCGCUACUGCAACGCCUGCGGGCGCGACGUGGCGGGGUUCCUGUACCACUGCAGGGACUGCGGGUUCGACUUGCACCCCUGCUGUGCCAAGCUCCCCGUCGUCAUAGACGAUGGGGAGGUCAAGUUGUACCUUUACAGAAAGGUCGGCUCCCCCUGCCACAGGUGUGGCAGAAAAGGGAGGAGCUGGAGUUAUCGGUCCACGUGCAAGAAGUACAACUUGCACGUGGCGUGUGUUAAGGACAUGUUGGUUGAGAACUGGGCCGAUUUGUGUUCAAAUGUUAAUGAACAUCGAUAUGUUGGAUCGAGGAGCGUGAACAUUAUGGGUAGUGACAGAGAAUGUUUUGGUUUCAGUGGAGGUGGUGGCGACGACAGAGGAGCAGGAGGAGGAGGAGGGAGUAGUCGGAGGUUCUGGACGAGGAUUCCGACGUUGAAGAACACGGUGAAUGUUCAGAGGAAGAGUAAGGGGAAGGUGAAGAAGUGUUGUGAGGUGGCUGGGUUGGGCGUGCAGUUCAUUGUGGCGGCUGUGCUUGGUGAUCCAACGGCUCUUAUUGCUGGCCUUGUUGGAAUAUUGAUUUCCAAGGGUUGAUGUUGUUGUUGGUAUGGAGAAUAUUAGGAAGGGUGUGUUGUUAAGCAAGGCCUGUUGAUCAAUAGUUUAGUACUGUUGAUUGCUUUAAUGAAUAAAUGAAGUUCUUCCAGGAGGAAAGUGCAAAUGGCAACUUAAGGAUGAUGUGGGAAAAGCAUAUGCAAUGUACAUAUUCGUGCUAAUGAAUGUUUAAUGGUUCUUGAAAGUUAUGACUUGGAUGUUUGUGAUAAUGAAUUUUUUAGUUGAUUCUUGUAGAUUUUUUUUUUUUUUAGGAUUGUAGAAUUUUGUUUUGAUGAAGGAUCAUUGUCGAGUUUCGAUGAGACAAAAUCUUGUAUUUGAAAGGAAGAGAUAAAGAAAUUAUGGUGAGGAUGAGGAUUAUAGAUCCAUCAUCGUAUCUUAAAUAUAAGGGAAUUUCAAUCUUUGGAAUGGAUGAAUCAUUCUUCAUUUGAAUAGAGUACAAGUGUAAUCAUGUAGAUUAAGUAUUUUAAGUCGAAAGACUAAGUUGAUCAUUAUAAAAAUUGCAAAAGAAAUGGAACGAAUCAUCCCGAUUGACAACUUAUAAUUUCUCUUUAUUUUUUUUGUCUUUAACAAUCUAGCGACUCAAUCUUAUAUUUGAACUUUUGAAUUUUCUUGACAAUUUUAAAUUGUAGCUCUUUUUUUAUUGUAUUUAUAAACAUAUAAAUUUUCAUUCAAUUU